UUCUUAGCUAUUGCAUUUUUAAUAACUUAAAUUAUAAUUUGAAUUGUAUAUUUACGCAAAGAUUUAAAAAGAAAUAUCGAAAUUACAAACAAAAUAAACAUGUGUAACCAUUGUAAAGUUGGGUAAAGUUUUAAAAAGCUUCUGAAAGUCUUCUGUGAAACUGAAUGAGUGUUCAGUGUGAUGGCGACUAUCUUUAACAAUCAAAAAUGUAUUAAACUGUAUUUUUUUUUAAACUACGACAGGGGUGUGAACCGAAAUUACAAUAACUUUAAGAUAAACUCUUGACUUUUUGCUGUAUUUACAUAAGUUUUACACCUGAUAAAGUGUCUUUAACUAAACUUUUACAUUUUUAAUUUUUGUUUGGGUUCUUAGAAAGGUUUUCACUCAGUUAAGACCUUGAUGGCUAGUGGGUUCUGAUUUUGGACUCAACUAUGAAGAUAAAAUAUAUGUCAAACAAUGGCAAAAAUAAAGUCUCUGGCAAGAUGGAAGAACAAACAGGUGAACAGUAGAGGGCUUAAAAAUUCUCAUGAAUAAAUUAAUAUAUAACAUAUUUAAAAGGGAGCAAAUGCCGAUUAAAACUUUGUACUACAACUAAAUCUAUCUUCGCAAAUCAAAAAUGUUAAAAAAAUAAAUAAAAAAAAUCUCCUUGGAAAGGUCACGUGUUUAAUACAGAAAUGGUCUUCCAACACAAUGAAAGCACAAAAGUAGAACGUGUGAAUAAGCUAAGGAGACAUUUUUAUUAUUAAUAUUAGUAUUUGGCUCACAGGGCCUCGUCUUGCUCUGCAUGUUUGUUUUGCAGCUUCGUUACUUACUAAUCACGGGUUUUAUCAGCUCCCAGAAGUUUCAGGAUGUCUGAUUCCAGGCCGGGAAGUGGAGCUCGAUUUAGACCGGUCUCACGGGAAUAUUAUAGGGGACGGUUCAAAGUCUACAUCCCUCCCUCUCUGCCUCUUUCUGCUCUCAGUCAGAGGCAUCUGGAAUCGCUGCGGAUCGGAAUCCUUUUCUCUUUUUUAUUUGUUUCAGGCGUCAAAAGAGGGCAGGGAUGCCUGUUUGUGAAGUGAGUGAAAAGGAUCCACGAAGCUUUUCACUCAGUGGAGGAAAACUUUGAACUGGAACUGGGAUACUUGGAAGAUAAUUUGGAUUUCUUUAGGAUAAAAUAGUUUUUCUAUGGUAAUUUCACAACACGUUUAAAGCUGCUAGAAGCGUGAAUAAUCCACAGGCUACCUCAGGAGGUCCGGUGUCCUCUCUACAGAGAUAUUAUGUGCGCACUGGAGUGAUUUUUCCCCUCUCUGGAUCCAGGGAUUUGUUUUUUAUUUUUCUAGUGAGAGCAGAGCUGAGCUGAGGGCAGAGGGGAGCUAAAUGCGGCUGACUGGCGACCCUGCACCGGGAACCAUGAACAGCAGCGGGUCUGGCAACUUUCUGCUGGUCCCCAUACCGGAGUACCCCCUGCUGGACUGCGUGCCCAACAAGACGGUGAAGAUUGUGGUGCUGGGAGCGAGCAACGUCGGAAAAACCGCUUUGAUUGUUAGGUUUCUGACCAAGAGGUUCAUUGGUGAUUAUGAAGCAAACACAGGGGCACUCUACUCCCGAAAGGUCAUGCUGGAUGGUGAGGAAGUGUCGCUUCAGAUCCAGGAUACACCCUGUGUCGCUCUGCAGGAUGAUGCCGAGGGUCUGUACUGUCAGGAGCAGAUCAACAGGUCAAUCUACUGGGCGGAUGGAUAUGUGCUGGUUUUCUCCAUCACAGACCACAACAGCUACAGAACCAUCCAGCCACUGUACCAGCAUGUCAGACGUAUACACCCCUCUGGAAACAUACCGGUUAUAUUGGUUGGCAACAAAAGUGACCUGCUCCGAGCCCGACAAGUGCCUGCAGAUGAAGGCGAGACGUUAGCAGCUUCAUUAGGAGGAGUUUACUUUGAGGUCUCAGCCAGAGAAAACCACGAAGGAGUCCAUGCUGCCUUCCUACAUCUCUGUCAGGAGGUGAUCCGGGCACUGGGAGGAGGGAAUGGGGAGAAGAGAAGAGGAGGACUCCACCUGGCCAGACCCAAAUCUCCCAACAUGCAGGAGCUGAAGAGGAGGUUCAGGCAGGUCCUCUCCUCCAAAGUCAAAUCAGCCACAACCAUCUGAGUGCAGGACAGGCUGAAAAAUGACAACCUGCAGCCGGGCACGUGGCGGAAAUAAGAGCUAAAACGCCAAAGAAAAAAAAUAUCACAAGAAGAGUUUUAUGUUUGGAGAUCUGGAGCCAUUACUGGCAUGAAAAGACAUGGUGUGUGUGGUGAUCAAAGCUUCUCGAAGAGCACAAGGAGUCCUGAUCAGAUGAAUGAAACGUAAGCCUUUCUGGCAGACGAGCUCUUCUGGAAGAGCUCUGCGGUCAACACGACCUCUUUCCAGACUCGAGUACAGCAAAGACGCUGCCCAAAGCUGAAAUGACAGAUACAGCCAAACAAACAGCUUGUGUUGUAUCAGAAACUUUGCAUGUUUGUCAUGAAAGGCAGCAGAACUUUCUGACACAUUUAUGUCUUAUUUCUUUCCGGUUAAAAGCCACAAAGUGAAUUAAACAUACCAAAAAGGAGCGAAGACGCAUCAGCUUUAUGCAGUUUGUUUUACAUGACUCAACAUCUCUUAUUUCAUCUCUCAACUGUGUUACAUUUUCAUUGUUUUGUUUUGGGUUUUUCCUUUUGGUUUUUUUUUUACUUACUGGGGAAUAAAAUGUUA